ACUACAAUAAAAGAUGUUUUUGCUUGUAUUGUGUAGCGACAGAUUUUCCAGGCUGAGUGUUCUGUAAGGUGUGGAAUGAUAUUUCUUCCCUCUUUUUCUUUAUCAGGGGUGGUUUAGCAAAGGGAUCUCCAAGCAGAAAGCUCUUAAAACAGCUGGAUAAAAGGAUAAAAGGAACUGCAGAGCAAUUUAUGAAGAUCCUGGAACAGGUUGAUGCCAUUAAUCUGCCAGAGAACUUCAAUGAUUGCAGACUAAAAAAGAAGGGAUUGGUGAAAAGGGUUCAGGCUUUUCUUGCCCAGUGUGAUACUGUGGAAGGAAAUAUUGGACAAGAAAUGGACAAGCUACAGUCAAAGAAUUUGGCACUGGCAGAAUGAGGCAUUACCCUUCAUAAUUAGAGAACAUAAUUGCUCUAUGAGCAAGAAAAAAGUUUGCUCUUUGUUUUGGAGCACAUAUUCAGCUUUUUCGUUUUGUUUUUUUUUUAAGCCCAGUCUUUUAGACUGGUAGUAGUCAAUUAUUUCUUGCUGGAUGUCUUGUUUGCCACUUGGUUAGGCUUAAUGUUUGGAAAAGAAAAUCCUUCCUGAAGAAUCGCAGAAAUAAUCUUUGUGGUGAAUUAUGUAUCUUACGGACAAUGGGUUGGUUAAGUAUGUAACAAAGUUUGCAAUGAUGGGCAAUAUUUUCUGAUACGUUUUUGAAUUCAUUUACACCUAAAAUGAAAGAAGGUCUAUAACCGUACAAGUGCCAUAUGUUGCAAUUUUAGGAUUUCAACUUGAUCAAGACAAUUAUCUGGGAAAGCUCAACAUUGUAGUAGACGGUUCAGAGCAAUAAGAAAAACCCUACACGUUUAUAUUAAUGUUUGUAUGCAUUUAUAAAUAUAAGGAAGCUUGACUAUAAGGGAGCCGUACCUAUUUUAGCCUUAAAUUGUCAUAAUAAAUGGAAUGUACUGUAACUUGUAUGGUACUGAAUUCUGAAUGGUGCUUUAAGUUGUUAAUGAGCUUCUUGAUACAAGUGUACAUGUUUAUUUACAUGGAAUUCUGAUGUACUGUGUUUUUUUUAUAGCUUAUUUUGGUGUUUUUUUCUUGAGUUACGGCAGGGAUUGAAAUGUGAUCACGCUGCAAAUGCGAUUAACUGCAAAUGGGGCAGUUAAAACAAGGUGUAAGUAAGGAGCUGUUUUGAAAGGUUCUUUAUUUUUUUCUGGUUUGAACAGUUGCAGUGAUUAUUCUGUUACAGUAAUUAGUAAAUUUGUAUAGAAUAGCUAUUCUGGUGAUGCUGUAUUAUCCCAACACUUCAAGGUUACAGAGAGGAACGGUUAGUUGUAGCCCUUUUUGUGAAGCCGUAUGGGGGUAUCCUUAAUACAUCUCAAAGCCAUCUCAAAUCUCAAAUACAUCUCAAAUGGGUUAACUGGAAGAUUUUACAUAGUGCUUUUGAUAAUCUGGUACUUGGAGGCAAAAAGAGGGAUUAUCUGUGGAGUCCCCCCCCCUCUCUUCACCCCGCCCAGACUGUGGGCGGCCAUUGCCCUUAGCUCCGCCCUCAAGGAGGAGGAGCCGCAGCCUCGCUCUGCUUGCUGGGACAAGAUGGCGGCGGCCGGGGUGGGCGCGGGGCGGAAGCAGGUGCGGCAGGAGGAGCUGUGGCAUCUCAUGCGGGAGAAGAAGCGGCAGAACGCGGACAAGAAGCGGAUCGAAUCGCCUUUUGCUAAGUACAACAGCCUGGGCCACCUUAGCUGCACGUUGUGCAGCACGCCCGUGAAGAGCGAGCUGCUGUGGCAGACUCACGUCCUGGGAAAGCAGCACCGAGAGAGAGUUGCGGAAUUAAAGGGUGCGAAGCAGGCAGCGAGUGGUUCAGCUGCUAGCACAUCAUCUCAUCCUGUCAAGAGAAAAACUGCCGAUGCAGAAAGUACACAAUUAAAGAAAUCAAAAGGUGCAGAUGACAAGCCACAUACAUCCACAUCUACAUCUGGGCUACCAGCAGAUUUUUUUGAUGAAGCAGAGCACAAAAAUACUAACAAGCAGUUAUCGAAAGCUCCUGGUCCCAGUUUAUUGUCAGGAUAUUAUGAUGAUGAAGAUGAAGAAGAAGAAGAGGAACAAGAUCAGCCGAACAAAUCUUCUGUUAUGCACAAAACUGAAAUUCCACCUCCAACUCGAGAAGUAAUAUCUAAUUCUCUGCCUGCAGACUUCUUUGACAGCAAAACUACAGCUGCUCCUGUAGUUUCGCAUUCAGGAUCCAUACAGAAACCAGAGACGCAAGAGAAGAUAGUAGAACGGAAAGAGAACACUGCUGAGGCUUUGCCAGAGGGGUUCUUUGAUGACCCUGAAGUGGAUGCAAAAGUGCGAAAAGUUGAUGCUCCAAAGGAUCAGAUGGACAAGGAAUGGGAUGAAUUUCAAAAGGCAAUGCGACAGGUCAACACAAUUUCAGAAGCAAUAGUGGCAGAAGAAGACGAGGAGGGACGACUGGAUCGUCAGAUUGGUGAAAUUGAUGAGCAGAUUGAAUGUUACCGUCGUGUUGAGCUUCUGCGCAACCGCCAGGAUCUGAUAAAGGAGAAGUGUAAGGAAGCCAUGAGAUUAAGAGCAACACAAGAGAAAGAGGAUGAGGAUAUUGGUAGCGAAGAUGAAGAAGAACUGCAGGAUUUGCUGUCUCAAGACUGGCGGGUGAAAGGGGCUUUGUUGUAGCAUUUUUGCAGCCUGGCUGAUUAUCACUGUUAUUUCCAUUAUUAGAAGUGAAAUGGUUUGUUAAAUAUUUAUUUAAAGAGGUUGAGAGAUGAUAAAGAGCCAACUGUGUAAUACGAAAAAAAUACAAAAAGAAAGAAGCUCCAACCUUUGUAGAUCCACAAUGGUGUAUUACUGUACAAACUGUAUAUUGCAAAUGUUUUAUGAUAUUCAGUGUACUUUUCUUAUUAAUAAAACUGAUUUCCUACCGGAGGUAUUUUAAUGGGAUUAGUAAAUAAGCCAAAGACCUGUAGUUUCUGCUAACAUUAGAUAUAUGGAGACUUGGCCCAUUGUGCAUAGAAGUACUGGACUAGCAAAGGUGAUGGUUUACAGAUCUUUCCCAUGUGCAGUAGAUAGGGAAAAAAUCUUACGCAUUUGUUAUCUGAAAAGUUCAUAAGCUCUCUUCUCUCCAUGGCCCCAUCCCCUUCAAUAAAAUGUCUGUUUUUUCAGGA